AUGAUGGAUGACACAAUUUUAAGUUUGAAGACAAAACUAUUGGAUAAAGAAAGGGAGAUUGCAGAUUUGAAGAAGAAACUUGAUCAAAUGGAAAAGGGAAACUCAAUAUUAACAGAGUUGCAGGAGAAGGUCACUGAUCUCCCACCUUUGAAAUCUACAACAACAUUAAACAAUGAUGACAUCAUGCGAUACAGCAGACAGCUCCUCCUACCCCAACUGGGUGUUAAAGGCCAGGUGUCCCUGUCUAAUAAAUCUGUUCUGGUUGUGGGAUGUGGAGGUUUAGGUUGUCCUCUUGCACAGUAUCUCGCCGCAGCUGGAAUAGGUCGCUUGGGUCUGUUGGAUUAUGAUGUGGUUGAUAUGAGUAACCUGCACAGACAGGUGCUUCAUACAGAACUGACUCUAGGUCAGCCUAAAGCCCUCUCUGCAGCCCAGGCCAUCAGCAGGUUAAACUCUGCGGUGCAGUGCAUUCCCUACCACAUUCAGCUUUCCAGAGAAAAUGCCAUCAAACUCAUUCAACAGUAUGACAUUGUGGCAGACUGUUCAGACAAUGUUCCUACUAGGUAUCUUGUAAAUGAUGCCUGUGUACUGACCGGCAAGCCUUUAGUGUCAGCCAGCGCUUUACGAAUGGAGGGACAGCUCACCGUGUAUAACUACAGAGGAGGGCCGUGUUACAGGUGUUUAUACCCUUCACCUCCUCCACCUGAGACUGUCACUAACUGUUCUGAUGGAGGAGUUUUGGGAGUGGUGCCUGGUAUAAUGGGUUGCCUUCAAGCAUUAGAAGUACUGAAAAUUGCAUCUGGUCAAGGUUCUUCAUUUGAGAAACAGCUGUUGAUGUUUGAUGGCCAGGAUGGACGGUUUCGCUCCAUACGUCUACGGGCCAAGCAGUCGGAGUGUGCGGUGUGUGGAGAGACGCCUACAGUAACCCAACUACAGGACUAUGAGCGCUUCUGUGGCUCCGCUGCCACUGAUAAGUGUCGAAGACUGAAUCUUUUGACUAAGGAACAGAGGGUCUCUGUGCAGGAGUAUAAAGAGAUUCUCGACAGCUCAACUCCUCAUCUCCUGCUUGACGUUCGGCCCAAAGUUGAGGUGGACAUUUGUCAUCUGCCAUUCUCAAUCAACAUUCCACUUGCUAGUUUAGAGGAGAAGAAAUCUGAGCACAUUGCACAGUUAAAGGAUAAAAUCGGUGAACUUAAACAACAGCGGAGAAUCUCAUCAGAAGUCCCAGUGUUUGUUGUGUGUAAACUUGGCAAUGAUUCUCAGAAGGCAGUUCAGGUCCUGGAGAAGAUGUCUGGAAAAGACAUUGAGGAGGUUACGCUGAAGGACAUCAGUGGAGGAUUGAUGGCAUGGGCUAACAAAAUAGACCCCUCUUUUCCACAAUAUUGACUGUAUUUUACUGAUUUUAUGAAUAAAAAUAAUAAAUAUUAAAGAAUGUGAUGUUCUUUCCAUU